UACUUGAUUCACAGAUAAAAUUGACAUUUGCAACUACGCAAUUAGAUUAUUACAUGUCAUAGUAUAAUUGUCAUUUAAACUCUAUAUAAAUACGGCAUUUCUAUAGAUCCGCUGGAAACUCUCUAACUUCUAUUGUGUCGGUGAAAUGAACUUCGCUGUAAUUUCCUCUGGAAUACUUUUGUGUUUCUUGUAUUUGUGUGUUAAGAGCAAUGCAAAGCGCAAUUGGGACUAUGAAUUACUUAAAUUUACCUCUUCGUCGUCUGAUGAGAAUCUACUUAAUGUCAGUACAAGACUUGAAAACGGUGAACUUGGUAAGCCAUCAGUUUCAGGAUAUGUUGAUUGGAAAUACGAUUGUGAUGAAAAUACAAUGACUGAGAUGAAAAUUUAUCAUUCUCAAAACGGAAGAGAAAGCACCUAUCAUGAGCAACCUUAUGCUAUCCCAAAAAUGUCAUUCUAUCAUUUUUUGGAUCAGUAUUGGAUGAACUUGAUCUAUCCCUACUUUGCGGAUUGCUCGAACGUACCAUCAUUCGAUAAAUUUGUGCCACCAUGGCCCAAGAAAACGUAUCUAUUUGAUAAAUGCAGACCCGAGCCAACUUCAGGUCCAGAAACAAUGCCAAGGGGCUAUUAUAAAUUUGUGUGGAAAAUAAUUGGUGAAGCCGCUCUUAACAUUGUAAUUGAUGUUAAAUUAACACCAACAGGCUUAAUAUAAAGUAAACAUUAAACGUGCAAAAGUGAUGACUAAAAUCUGCCCUGCAAGUUGAAUAAAAUCAAUUGACAAGAGUAAAUUUUACUGAUUUUUAUUAAAACUACAAUCAAUAUUUCGCGGCGAUUAUAUAACA